GAGCCGCCUAUAAGCCUCACCGACACCUUUUCUUCUCGCUUCGCCUCAAUCGUUCCUCUCCUAGGGUUUCGUUUUCCUCGGAUCCUUCUCUUGGGCGAUCAGUCACGGUAGUCAUGGCGGAGAAGAAGAUCAUCUUGAAGAGCUCCGACGGCGAGGUGUUCGAGGUGGAUGAGAUGGUGGCGAUGGAGUCCCAGACGAUCAAGCACAUGAUCGAAGACGACUGCGCCAGCAACGGGAUCCCCCUCCCCAACGUCACCAGCAAGAUCCUCUCGAAAGUGAUCGAGUACUGCAAGAAGCAUGUCGACGCCGCCGCCGCUGCCGCCUCCAAGUCCGCCACCGAUGACACCUCCUCCAAGCUCGGCGAAGAGGAUCUCAAGACCUGGGAUGCCGAGUUCGUCAAGGUCGACCAGGCCACCCUCUUCGACCUCAUCCUGGCUGCAAAUUACCUGAACAUAAAGGGUUUACUAGAUUUGACGUGCCAGACUGUUGCUGACAUGAUCAAGGGAAAGACCCCAGAAGAAAUUCGUAAGACCUUCAAUAUCAAAAAUGACUUCACGCCUGAGGAAGAGGAAGAGGUGCGGCGGGAGAACCAGUGGGCGUUUGAAUGAGUGAUCGGCAUCAUCCUUUCUAGUUUAACUUUGGUUGCGUUCAUGGGUUGUAAGUAGGCUGGAAACUGUGGCAAAUGUUGUCAAAGGAUCUUAUUUUUACCUAAGUUGUUUAAUACUCAUGAGGUACACGUGAGGAUGAUCCGUUUGAGUUAUUUUUGGUCUCACGAAGUACCCCUUCUGAGAGUAAUAGUUUGAGUCGAGUCCUGGGGUUAGGGGUUGUCCUUCCUUCGAUAUUAGAGUAUCGAUUCUUAUACGCAAUUCUCCUGUUAGGUUAAUGCAAAUCCAGUUAUAUUAUUUCGUAA